AUGAUAUUUAAAACUUUGAUUGGAGUUAUUUUUUUUAUAUUAAUAGGAACAAUUCAUUGUGCUGGAAUAAUUGGAAUACUUCAGGCAACUGGUGCUAGUGGAAAGUUAACAUGUAAAGGAAAACCAGCUUCAGGUGUACUUGUAAAAUUAUAUGAUGAAGAUGACACUGAUUUUGAUGAUUUAAUUGACAAAGGUUAUACUGACGCUAAUGGGGAAUUUUUUGUACAAGGUUCACAUAAAGAAAUAACUCCAAUUGAUCCAAAAAUAAAUAUUUAUCACAAAUGUAAUGAUUGGUGGUUUAUUCCUUUCUGUAAGAAAAAGUUUACGAUAAAAAUACCAAAUGAUUAUAUUUCACAGGGUGAUACACCUAAAAAAAUUUAUAAAGCUGGUACUCUUGAAUUAUCAGGAGAUUUUCCAGGACAAUCAAGAGACUUUGAUAAAUUGAUUUUUCAAUAUAACAGAGGAAUAAAUCAAAGUGUUGGUAUUAAAGGACGAUUAUUUUGUAAUGGAAAUCCAGCUGAGGAUGUUUUGAUAAAAUUAUGGGAAAAUGAUCAUUUUAAUUUUGAUGAUUUGAUGGCACAAAGUACAUCAAAUAAAGAAGGUUAUUUUAGACUUCAUGGUUCAAAUACUGAGUACUCAUCAAUAAAUCCACGUAUAACUUUUUAUCAUUAUUGUAAUAAUUCUAAAGCAAUUUGUGCAAGAAAGUUUUCUAUAAUUGUUCCGAAAAAUUUUAUUUUUAAAGGAGAGUUUGCUAAAGAUUUUUAUGAUGUAGGAGACAUUCAUUUAGAUGAAAAAAAAGAAGGCGAAGUCAAAGAUUGUUUCUUUUAA